CUCGCACCCCAGACGAACUAUGUCAAGCGAAGGAGGUCAUCAUCAGAGCUGUUCAGAAGGAAGCGUUCAAAAAAGAAUUUGAAGCUUUGGAGACAUCUAGGCCAGUCCCCUUGAACAGCAGCCUUCAUCGGCUUAGCCCAAUGUUGCAGAACAAUCUUAUCUGCCUUGGAGGCCGGCUGAAGAAUGCUAACCUGAACAUUGGAGAAAAGAACCCGGUUAUCCUCCCCAAAGACAACCACGUUUCCUUGCUACUCGCCAGAUACCACCACGCUGAGGUCAAACAUCAAGGUCGUCACCUGACGGAAGGUGCUGUCAGGGCAGCGGGAUUUUGGCUCUUGGGCGGGAAAAGGAUCAUCAAUUCGAUUCUACACAAAUGUGUAACCUGUCGUAAGCUUAGAGGUAAAUUCCAGCAACAACGCAUGGCAGACUUACCUCCAGAACGCCUUACGACCUGUCCUCCCUUUACAUACGUGGGUUUGGACGUCUUCGGACCUUGGGUCGUCUGCACCAGACGGACAAGAGGGGGGCAAGCUGAGAGCAAGCGGUGGGCCAUAAUGUUCUGCUGCAUGAGCUCCAGGGCUGUCCACAUCGAGGUCAUUGACUCGAUGGACACAUCAGGCUGCAUCAACGCUUUAAGACGUUUCUUUGCAAUAAGAGGACCAGCCAAACAACUGCGAUCAGAUUGCGGCACAAACUUCAUAGGGGCCUGUAAAGAACUUGGAAUGAGCAAAGACCAACCAGAUACAACUGUGCAGAAGUAUCUUAACCAAGAAGGGUGUUCUUGGCAGUUCAAUCCCCCGCACGCCUCGCACAUGGGUGGUUCUUGGGAACGCCUGAUCGGUUUGGCCCGAAGAAUUCUUGAUUCAAUGCUUCUUGAACAGCACACUCGCUUAACCCACGAUGUCCUGUGUACACUAAUGGCAGAAGUCACAGCAAUCCUAAACGCGAGGCCACUAAUCCCAGUUUCAAACGAUCCCGAGGAUCCAUUGAUCUUGUCGCCAUCAAUGCUCCUAACUCAGAAAGGGGGAGUCCCUUCCCCACCCGGGGAUUUCACAGACAAAGACCUCCUCACCAAGCAAUGGAGACAAGUUCAAGCGCUGGCCAACAGGUUCUGGAAACGUUGGAGUCGUGAGUACUUGCCCACCUUGCUUCGCAGGAAGAAAUGGCACAAGUCUUACCGAAACCUUCAGGAGGGAGACAUUGUCCUUCUUAAAGACACUCAAGUAGCCCGUAACCACUGGCCAACGGCUAUAAUCACAAAGACCUUUCCUGGAAAAGAUGGGAGAGUGAGGAAAGUGGAACUAAGGACCACAGUUCAGGGAUCUUCAAAGACUUUCCUCAGGCCAGUCUCCGAGGUGAUCUUACUUUUAGUUAAGGACUGAUGUACUGAAACUCAUUUCCUAGUUUAGUAGUACUAGUGACCUCACUGAGGCCAGGCGGGGAGUGUGUUGCCUUUUAGGCAUUAGGCUUUUACUUUGUACAAGCUUUUAUUUUGAAAUGGUUUCCUGCCUUAGGAGUUCCAGGCGUUAGUUUCCUGUUAGUGGUUAGAGGAAAAUGGUGGAAUCCAUCAACAUGCUUUCGUCAUCCAUUGCAAUCUACAUCGUAAAUGCUGCAGAGGCAAUGUCUUUUCACUCUUCUGUCUGUGACAUGAUAUAAAGAGCCACAGUAAACAGCUUGAGAAGCUUACUACGACUCAACUCGUCAUUUGCAGAAAGAGUUUAGCUAGUUGAAUAGCUGCGGUUGCUACACCGUAGUGAAGAC